CCCAACUGCACUGCUGUUGCUCCAAUCGGGGAUCGGUCAGUUUGACGGCACCCGGACUUUCUCAGCGAGUCUCUUGCCUGCCCCGUCUCCGCCGACUCGGCCCAACCUCACUCCAUCCCCAAUUCUCUGACUAUUAUUGCUGGCCUCUUCGGAGAUUUAUUUUCCUUGCUUACCGCCGAACACGAGCACUAUUGAACCGCGGGCUCAACUAGUCAUCUGUCCGCCCGUCAGCCGUCAGCCGUCAGCCCCUCAGCGCAAACCGAAUCCCAACCCCAACCCCAACCCCGCCGCCGCCGCCAGAAUGUCCAAGUUCGGCGUCUUAGUGAUGGGCCCCGCAGGCGCGGGCAAAACUACCUUCUGCAGCUCGAUCAUCCAGCAUCUCCAGAACACGCGCCGCAGCUGUUUCUACGUGAACCUGGACCCGGCGGCCGAGACGUUCAACUACGAGCCGGACCUGGACAUCCGCGACCUGAUCACACUGGAAGAUGUGAUGGAGGAGCUGGGGCUCGGCCCCAACGGUGGACUCAUCUACUGUUUCGAAUUCCUGCUCCAGAACCUGGAAUUCCUGUCGGAGGCGCUCGAUCCGUUGAGCGAGGAGUACCUGAUCAUCUUCGACAUGCCGGGCCAGAUCGAGCUGUACACGCAUAUCCCGCUGCUGCCGUCGCUGGUGCAGUUCCUGUCGCGCCAGGGCCCGUUGAAUAUCAGUCUGUGUGCGGCGUAUCUGCUCGAGAGCACGUUCGUCGUGGACAAGGCCAAGUUCUUUGCCGGCACGCUGAGCGCCAUGUCCGCCAUGCUGAUGCUGGAGAUGCCCCAUGUGAAUAUUCUGAGCAAGAUGGACCAGGUGCGAGACAUGAUCUCGCGCAAGGAGCUGAAGCGUUUCACGAGUGUCGAUGUGACUACGCUGCUGCAGGGAGAGGAAGGGGAGGCGGAGGAAGGGGCGCCCGUGGAGGGAGAUCCGUCGUCCAAGGAUGCUUUGCUGAGUGGUGGGUCGUUUCAGCAGUUGAAUCGUGCGGUCGGCCAGCUCAUCGAUGACUUCAGUAUGGUUUCGUUUCUGAAGCUGAAUGUGCAGGAUGAGGACAGUGUCGCCGCCGUGCUGAGCCACAUCGAUGAUGCGAUCCAGUACCACGAGGCUCAGGAACCGCGCGAGCCUGCGGACGCACAAGAAGUGGACUACGAGGACUGAGCCAAGCCGUAGCCAACCGGCAAGGGGGCAGGCCAAUUCCGCCGUCCAGGAAGGGUUCGGCGGGCUGGACGUGGCUAGCGCAUACGAGCUACAGUACGGAAGAUAGGAAGGGGCCUACAAUUGGAUGAUACCCGCUGUUACGAGUCAACAGCAACACCACCGCAGGAACGAACCGCCGUCACACUGUGCCCGGAUCGGGUCCAAAAUAGCUCUCGAAAUUGGGCUCAUGCGAGGGCGGGUAUACUAGGUAGAAGAUGCAGAGACCUAGGCCCGCAAAUCGGGCGAUAUCGGCCAUUCCGCCAAGUCAGGAAUGUCAGCUGAAGAUCAUGUAUUAGUCCAGCAUGAUACCGUACCUAACGAACGAUCUAAAAGAAAGAAACGAGCCAAGAAAUGCAAGCCAGAC